AUGUCAGUGCUUACCCCUAUCCUGACCCCUCCUAAGGUGAAGGACUACAUGACCAGAGGUGAACGCUUUAUCAAAUGGGAUGAUGAUUCCACAAAUGCUUCUCCUGUCAUUCUACGGGUAGAUCCAAAGGGAUUUUAUCUAUAUUGGACCUUUCAGAGUAAGGAAAUGGAAUUUUUGGAGAUAACAAGCAUUCGAGACACUAGAAUAGGGAAGUUUGCCAAGAUGCCGAAGAGCCAGAAGCUCCGAGAGGUUUUCAAUCUGGAUUUCCCAGACAAUAACUUCUUACUCAAGACAUUGACAGUAGUUUCUGGUCCUGAUAUGGUGGACCUCACCUUUCACAAUUUUGUCUCCUAUAAAGAAAAUGUUGGAAAGAGUUGGGCAGAUGAUAUCAUGGGCAUUGUUAGGAAUCCCUUUGCAUAUAAUGCCUGCCGCUACAGCUUCCUGGAAAAAAUAUUGGUGAAGCUGAAGAUGCAGCUGAAUUCUGAGGGGAAAAUUCCUGUUAGGAAUAUUUUUCAAAUGUUUCCUGCAGACCGAAAAAGGGUAGAAGCAGCGUUAAGUGCUUGUCACCUUCCGAAGGGGAAGAAUGAUGGCAUCAAUCCAGAGGACUUUCCUGAAGCAGUGUUCAAAACAUUCCUGAUGAACCUAUGCCCUCGGCCAGAGAUUGAUGAGAUAUUUACCUCACACCAUUCAAAAGCCAAGCCGUACAUGACCAAGCACCACCUGACAACAUUUAUCAACAAGAAACAACGAGAUUCCCACCUCAAUGACAUGCUUUACCCUCCUGCUAAGCCAGAGCAAGUGCAGGGUCUCAUAGAGAAAUAUGAGCCCAGUGGGAUGAACAUUCAGAGAGGACAGCUGUCUCCAGAGGGAAUGGUCUGGUUUCUGUGUGGGCCGGAAAACAGUAUAGUAUCACAGGACAAACUGUUGCUAUAUCAGGAUAUGAGCCAGCCACUCUCUCACUAUUUCAUCAACUCAUCUCACAACACCUACCUGACAGCUGGGCAAUUUUCAGGCAUCUCAUCUCCUGAAAUGUAUCGCCAGACCCUGUUGGCUGGCUGCCGCUGUGUGGAACUGGAUUGCUGGAAGGGACGUCCUCCGGAUGAGGAGCCCAUCAUCACUCAUGGGUUCACCAUGACUACGGAAAUACUGUUCAAGGAUGCAGUUGAGGCUAUUGCAGAAAGUGCUUUCAAAACCUCUCCCUACCCACUGAUUUUGUCCUUUGAGAACCAUGUGGACUCGCCCAAGCAGCAGGCUAAGAUGGCUGAGUACUGCAGAACCGUAUUUGGGGAUAUGCUGCUGACAGAACCACUGGAAAAAAAUCCUCUAAAACCAGGAGUUCCACUGCCAAGCCCACAGGAUCUCCUGGGGAAAAUUCUGAUUAAGAACAAGAAGAACCAGUUUACCCCUGGGGAGAACCAAGAUGCUCUGAAGAAAAGGAAAAGUCUAGAGGAUGAAGUAACUGACCAAGCCACACCAAUAGACAGUGAUAGCCCAGACAGGUCAGAUGAGUCGACUGAAGAGGUACCUGAAGUGGAAGGAGACCUUGGAAACCUGGAUGAAGAAGAGAUUAAAAAACUGCAGUCUGAUGAGGGCACUGCAGGUCUGGAAGUGACAGCUUAUGAAGAAAUGUCCAGCCUGGUUAAUUACAUCCAACCCAUCAAAUUUGAAAGUUUUGAAACCUCAGCACAGAAGAAUCGAAGUUACGUCGUUUCCUCCUUCACCGAGCUGAAGGCAUACGAGCUCUUGAGCAAAUCGCCCAUCCAGUUUGUAGACUAUAACAAGAGGCAGAUGAGCCGAAUUUAUCCCAAGGGCACUCGGAUGGACUCUUCUAACUACAUGCCUCAGAUGUUCUGGAAUGUUGGCUGUCAAAUGGUGGCCCUUAACUUCCAGACAACAGAUGCUGCUAUGCAGCAGAACAUGGCUGUCUUUGAAUUCAAUGGGCAGAGUGGCUAUCUCCUCAAACAUGACUUCAUGCGUCGCCCAGAUAAGCAAUUUGACCCUUUCUCUGUGGACCGCAUUGAUGUGGUUGUGGCAAGCACUCUGUCAAUCACAAUAAUUUCUGGCCAGUUCCUCUCAGAACGUAGUGUGAGGGCAUAUGUAGAAGUGGAGUUAUUUGGGCUGCCUGGUGACCCAAAGCGCAGAUACAGAACCAAGCUGACACCGAAUGCCAAUUCAAUCAACCCUGUCUGGAAGGAGGAUGCUUUUGUAUUUGAAAAGAUUUUGAUGCCUGAGCUGGCUUCUCUCAGGAUUGUGGCUUUGGAGGAAGGAGGAAAGUUCAUAGGUCACCGCAUCAUUCCCGUCACUGCUGUGCACUCAGGCUAUCACCAUGUUUGCCUUCGUAGUGACAGCAACAUGCCACUUACGAUGCCCUCACUCUUUGUCUACGUGGAGAUGAAAGACUAUGUUCCUGACUCGUGGGCAGAUCUCACCAUGGCCCUCUCCAACCCAAUAAAGUUUUUCAAUGCACAUGACAAAAAGUCAGUGAAAAGCCAAGAGGCUAAUUCUGAGAGGCCCGACUUGCAAAAGAGUCUUUCAACUGCUCAAAAUACCAACGGGACCCCUUAUGCCGCAGGAACCUAUAGUAUUCCUCCUUCAAAUGGACCUGCAGGAGCCUUGGCUACAGGGAAAGAAGAAACAAUGAAAGAACCUGCAAAAGGAACUACAGAACCACAGACGGCUAGCAUUGAAGAGCUGCAGCAGAUGAAGACUUUUGGAAAGCUGUUGAAAAAGCAAGAGAAGGAACUGAAGGAACUGGAGCGGAAGACUACCAAGCGCAGAGAAGACUUAUUGCAGAAAUAUGCUGUGCUUUUCACGGAGCUGGUGGCCCAGGCUGGCAAAAAGAAAGCGCUGUACCCACCAAAAGCCACCAAAAAGAAAAGUUGCAAAAGGUUACCUUUGGAUGUCAGCAGUGCAGCUUUACUUCCUGUGGAGAUGGCAGAGAGCCCGGACCACAAAGUCUUGGAGCUGAAAGAGAAGCUGGAGGAAGAACUAUUCCAGCUAGGGGAAGAGCAGUAUGAUGGGAUUCGGAAGAAGAAAGAGCAGCAGGCCACAGAGCAAAUUGCUAAAAUAAUAGAACUUGCAAGAGAAAAGCAAGCAUCUGAGCUGAAAGCACUAAAGGAGACAUGGGAAAGUGACACUAAGGAAAUGAAAAAGAAACUAGAGGCGAAAAGACUGGACAAAAUCCAGACCAUGGCUAAGAACACAACUGACAAGUGUGCCCAAGAAAGAUUGAAGAGAGAAAUCAAUAAUACACACAUUCAAGAAGUAGUACAGACAAUCAUGCUGGUGAAUGAAAAGCAGGCAAAGUAUCAAGAAAUACUGGAAGAAAAGCAGACGAACUCCCUAGAAAAGAUCAAGGAAAAAGAAAACCAGCUGCAGCAGGAGGCAUUUGCAGAGUAUGAAGAGAAGGUGAAAGCUCUCGGCGCAGAGGUGCAAGAUUUAGUGAACGACUGUGCAAAAGUCUGUUUCCCUCUGGAAGCUGACAAGACAAAGGAAGAGGCCCGAAGCACUGCCAGUGAGGGAGACCAGGGCCUGGACCAAAAGCUGCAAAAAAACACCCUGAGGCCCGAGGCUGUUGGGUGUGAAACUCAGAUGGCUGAGAAUGCCGUAGAGGAUGAAAUAUCCACGGAUACCCAGGAGAGCAGAUUGUGAGUCUCCACAUGACUCUUUAAGGAUCUCUUAAAUGACUCAUUUUGUUUCCGAUGUUGCAGCUCCAUAGAACUUGAUGGGGUGCCUCCUAUUGCAGUUUCACAGUCUCCCUGAACGCUUGGAAAUUUUUAUCUGACAAUUUAGAUCACUUUGCAUCUCCAUGGAAGUUUCUUACUCUCGGUGAUCAACAGGUUCUGUAGCAAAGAUAUAGCGCUGAAACAGACUCGUUGCUGUCAUCAGACGAGCCCUGCGGGAUCACAAGAACGGGUCAAGUAGUGCAGCAUCCGGUUCCCCUUAGUGGCUAGCCAGUAGGGGUGUGCAA